AUGACAACUGCCGAUAAAACCCCACCGAAGAAGAAGAAGACCAAAUUGAUAACAAACCCGUUGCUGAUCAGAUGGAAUAUCUUUGAUUUCACAGUAGUACACACUGAUGUUUGCCAAUAAUGAACAAAUAAGGGUGGUUGAUGACUAACCCAUGAGAUCUUUCAGUGAUCACAGGGUCACUCAACUCUGUGAGACCUUCAGACAAUCCAUCCACUCACACAAACCAACAUGACCUCAGAGCAGGCCAGCACCCUGCCGGCAUUCAAGGGCCCCGGCGACCCCAGUCCGGGCUACUUCUCCUGGGGUCUUCGCUUCCAGGUCAUCGGCCUGGGCUUUGCCUUCUACACCGCUGUGUUCGUCCUCUCCCACCUGGUGUCCAUGGCUCUCUCCCAGACCUACCGCUCUCUGCUGGCUAAGGAGAAGGUGUUCUGGAACCUGGCGGCCACACGGGCCGCGUUCGGCCUCCAGAGCACGGUGGCGGGCCUACGGGCGCUGACCGAGGAGUCGGCCGUGUCCAGGGACCGGGUCAGAGGUCAGGAGGACUGGUCUUGGUUCACCGUGCUCACAGCCACAGGCUUCUUUCUGUUUGAGAAUGUGGCGCUGCAUGCCUCAAGUGUGGUGUUCAGGGCUUUCGACCUUCCCCUGGCCGCCCAUCAUUUCUUUGCCCUGUCAGGGUUUGCUGGGGCGGUGGUCUGGGACUCACUAGGACAUUACCUGCCCAUGGUUACUCUACUACUGGAGAUGAGCACACCCUUCACCUGCAUCUCCUGGAUGUUACUAAAGGCUGGCUGGGCGAGGACGCUCUUCUGGAAGGCCAACCAGUGGGUGAUGAUCCACAUGUUCCACUGCCGCAUGGUGCUCACGUACUACAUGUGGUGGGUGAGCUGGAGUCACUGGGGGGAGAUGAACAUGUACGUGGCUCUGCCCCAGCGCAUCCUCUUCUACACCGGCCUGGCCCUGCUCACAGUGAUCAUCAACCCCAUCUGGACGCACAAGAAGACCAUGCAGCUCCUCAACCCUGUCGACUGGAACUUCAGCAACAAGCCGCCGCCCAAUGGCCCCAGUGGGGAGCAGAAGGAGAAAACUCAUGAGAGAUAAACAAGCCAAGAACUGUGAACCUGUUUGGAGAGUUAUGGGGCUCGUUUACUAUGCUUGUAAAGGAGAGGAAGGGUGACUAAUUUCUCACAAACUCUAGCUUUUUUUGAAGAUUUCAAGUUGAACUAAACUACGGUUUUUUUAAAGGUUCUCAGUACAGGUUUGAGGUCUGCAGUGUCUCUACAAGAUGUGGAUGAAAGGACCUCUUGCUCUUGGACUUUAGAACCUAGCUGUGUUCUGAAAGGAGAUGUCACUGACGACAAGAAAUCAUCUCACAGUA